AUGAAUUGUGUAGAGGUGACGAAUGAUGAGAAUAUGCCAACAUCGAGUCAAUCUGUCGAACAAAAUGUGAAAAAGAAUAGAAGAAGAUCGUCGAUUGGAGGAGAUUUGAUGAAAUCGUUUUUCAAAGAAUCUGAAAUGGAAAGAAUCACUACUCCUGAACAUAAUAUUCGACGAAAUCGGCGGUCAGCUGCGAUUCGAGCUGAUUUCAAAUCCAGAGUUAUGCACAACAAACCACCGAUAUUAUCAGUGAGUUUGUUUUCUAUUCUGUUAUGUUAAACACUAAUACGUAUUUCAGAUGGAUGUUGGUGAACAAGCUAAUAUUAAAUCGUGCUUAACAAAAAAGUCAACAACAACUGCUGCUCAAAAAGCUGCAUUGAAUAUUGUGAAAAAGUAUCGGAGAAGUAGAUCACUUUCAAGAACACCAACUAAUCGUUCACGAAAUCUUCGAUUCAAUUCGAUUUGUACAGUUAGAGUUAUGACUCCUCGACCACAAUAUGAUCCCGAUAAUUUAUGUCUACCUUCGGACGAUGAAGAUUCGAGAAAACCAGAUAGACAACGGUUAAGUACUGUGAGAUUGGAUAUCACUCCUGAAUCACAAGCAUAUGUGAGUUGUGUAGAAUUUACAGAUUUUCGAAUUCGGUUUUGUUUUUCAGCUUCACAAUAUCAAAGAUGACGACAACGCAAAGGUUGAAUUCCACGCGCAAAUGAUUUUUGGAGACGAUUCAAACAAUGAAACGAGAAAAUCAUCAUUUUCAUCGGAUUCGACGAAGAGAAAACGAAGAAAAUCGCUGAUAACAAAUGCUGCUUCACCAAUGACAACUCCACCACCUUUACCAAAAGCGAAUGCAAAAACGGAUGGAAAUGAGCAGGAGCAGGAACAGAAAUCGUCAAAAAGACCAAGAAAUUGUAGAAGAUCAUUGAUGUUGGAACAAAAAGAGGUGGCUGUGGUUGAAGAAAGAAAAACACGUAGAAGAAGUGGAUUAUUGAAAGUUGCAGAGAUUCAGGUUCCGAAAAAGGAAGAAGUGAAAAAAGAAGCGCCAAAGAAAAUUGAACCAGAAAAGGGAAAAGUUGUAUGUUAAAAAAUACUUUAGAAAAAAAUUCUCCGCGCUUUCUUAUAGGAAACACGUAGCCGUCGAAGAAGUGGAUUGGUUGUUCCGGAACCUUCAAAAACCGAUAGACGAAGAUCCAACUUUUUUGCUCCACGUCAAAUCGCAGUUUCCCAAGAUGAAGUGCAAGUUAUUGAGCCAAAUACGGAUAAAAAAUCUAGUCAAAAACCAAAAGACGCCCCUGUAACAGGUCCUAUUGAAGCUGAAAAUCCGUCUACAUCACAGAAACCUACUCAAUCAGUAUCUGCAAUUUCCAGCCCAUCACAACCAAAAAAAAUGUUUUCAUUAUUUUCUCCACGUCCUUCGCCAAAACUUCCUCCAAAAGAAACAUGUGUUGUUGAAUUAGUCGAGGAAAAACCAAUAAAUAUCUCAGUUUGCUCAACUUCUUCAAUUACUUCAACUGGAAUUAGAAAGGAAAAACUAUGGGGUGAUAAAAUCCCCUCAACUUAUUGCUAUUUUGAGAAUACACCAGUUUUUGAAAAAUAUGAAGUUUCAUCACAGAAAGAUUGGUUAUCUGAAAGAUCUCCAACUUUUGAAAUAUCAGGAGCAAGAGAUUUUGAAUUUCGAUUAAAGAAUAUUAAAAAUGAUGAGAAUUUUGUAGAAGGAUGUUCGAAUGGUGCAACAAGGUAAGUAUUUAAAACAUCCCCUUUAACAUACAAAAAACCUUUUCAGUCCUCGUGUCCAUGAUUAUAACAUCAAAAAGUAUUCGGAAGAACUUGCAACAAUCGGAGCACAUUCUUUCAAGCCACAAAAAUUCGAAGAACUUGUUGAAGGAGCAGAUGAUAUUGAUCAAGUUAGAGGAUGGUUGAAAAAAUGGAAGAAACGAGUUAGAAAAGAAGCGAAAAAGCAAGAAUUAGUUGAGACACAAAAGAAAGGAAAGAGAUCGAAAAAAUCAACAUCGAGUGAUGAAGAAGAUAGUGAUUAUGAUGUGUCAGAUGAUGAAGAAUUGCAAAAUCCUUUGAUUUUGAGAGGACCUCCUGGUGUUGGAAAAACUGCUUUCGUGAGUUUUAGUUUUGAAUCUCGAUUCAGAUUUUCUUCUCGAUUCUGUGAUCUAUCUUCUAUCAGUUAUAAAACCCAAACUUGAUAAUCGAUUUCCAGAUAUCAACCCUAGCUUCUGAAGAAAAUAUGAAAAUGAUUGGAAUGGGACCAGAUGAAGAAAGAAAAGGAACAUCAAUCAAAAUGAAAUUGACUGAAGCACUGAGAUCUCAUCGAGUCAUCAGUGAACCUGUUGGAUCUCUCGUUCGAUUAUUCCAAAACCAAAAAUCAGUAUUCAAUCCAAAAUCAUCCAAUGAAAAUGAGAAUCUGCGCAAAUCAGUUCUCGAUAAAGGUUUUCAACAAUCUCUAGUCGUUUUCGAGCAUGUUGAUUUAUUGUUUGGAUCACUUGAUAGAAAUGGUGCGUCAGCUCUAAUUGAGAUGAUAAAUACAGCAAUGGUUCCUGUGAUUUGGACUUGUGAUGAAGAUUAUCCAUCGAAUUCGGAACUUGAAAAAUAUCCAUUAGUAAUAUCUUUGAAGAAAAAGAGAAGUCGAGUUCGAAAGUAUUGUCAACAUUUAGUUCAUAUUUCAACUGGCAAAUGGAUUGAAGAUGAUGUGAUGAGAAAAUUGGCAAAUUCUGUUGACAAUGAUUUACGCGCACUUAUCAAUCAAACUCAUUUCUAUGCUUUAAAUGAGAAGGUUUGGAAUUUUUAUUUAUAAAUUAAUAUAGAAUCUGAAUAUUAUUGUUUUUCAGCUUCCACUUCCUCUCACUGAUCGUUUUUCAUGUUCAAAUGGAUUCAAUUCUAAUUGGGAUAUGGAACAGAACACAGAUAUUGAGAAUAUUUUAUCCGCCUCGAAAUGGAAUACAAUCGAAUCAAAAGCAUAUCAAUAUCAAGAUGUUUUAAAUAUGAUUCCGGAUGGAUUUUUGAAAGUGGAUUUGCCGAAUAUUGCGAAUAUUUCAGGAGAUAAGGAUCUGAUGAAACGGGUGAGUUCGGAGCAAAAAUGAGAUUUUUUGAAAUUUAAAACUUUGAAUAAAAAAUAAAAAAUUAGCCAAAAAUAGUCCCAAAACUUUUUUAAACCUCGGCUAAAAUCUGAGCAAAAAUACGAAUUAAAAAAAAACAAUCAAACUCGGCAUUUUUAACCAAAGGAUGUUUUGCGUUGAAAUUCACAAAAAAAUCCACUUGGAAAACUUUAAGAUUUUUUCAACUUUUUGGCACCAUGAACCCAGCCAAGAUGCGGAAAAAUCGAAAUUUUAACUCUACAUAAUUGUCAAAAAAUUUUUGGUUCGAAAAAUCUGAAAAUUCUUGAUUUCCACAAGUUCUCAUGUCCAAAGUUUCAUCCAAAUCAAAUUUUCGUUCAGCAAUCCGAUACUCGUAAACAACUCAAAUCAGCCUAUGAAGCAUUUAAUGGAAGAUACUCGAAAAAUAACAUAAAUUUGGAAAUGCUUCCCUAUCUUUCAAUAAUCGACGAAAAAGAACAAGAAGAGCGCAAGAAAUCUCGACGAUAUCAACAUUGUUUCGCAAAAACAAUGCAAUCUGAAUAUCCAAUUGAUGCGGAUAAAUUAACCGGAAGUCUAGCUGCCAUUCGAAAUUCGUUCAAAUUUUCAACAUAG